GUCAGACUCGUGUUCGAACGUUAUAUUUUCCUCACCUGUUACAAGACCUGUCAAAUAGUAACUUAUAACUGUAUCUUUUCCGAGUACUGCAUCAUGUCCGUUGCUACAAAGGCGUCUCAUCUGUCUGCGACAGAAUUUCCUACAAAGACGGUCGUCGUCCUAGGCGGUUCCUACGGAGGUUCAAGAGCUGCUCACCUUCUUGCAGAGGGCAUACCACAGGGUUGGAGAGUUGUUUUGGUUGAUAGAAAUUCGCAUAGGAAUCAUUUUUACAACUUUUCUAGAUAUGCUGUUCUUGCUGGUCACGAACACAAAGCGUUUAUCCCGUACAACAUUAAUAACAUCACUUCUAGUUCCCUGUCAGAUCUUCCUUCAUGUACAUCUCACGUUCGGGUGCAAGCAACUAUCACCUCCUUAGACGACCAUCGCAUCACUCUCUCUCCAAAUCUGCCAGGAUCACAAGAAUCAGACUUGGACUUGGAGUUUGACUAUGCCAUUUAUGCUCUCGGUUCCCACUUGCCCCAGCCUAUAGACCUUUGGAAUCACCAAAAAGGUGUAAAGUCAAGUUUGCAACCAUCAGCAAUAUCAACGUAUGGAGGAACGAAGUCGGAGGGUAUCUCAUCCCUGCAGGAACGACAGAAACGUGUCGAGGCUGCCAGGUCUGUGUUGGUCGUAGGCGGCGGUGCGCUUGGCAUUCAGUUCGCAUCCGACAUCGCUGCUAUAUACCCGCAAAAGCGCGUCACGCUUCUGCAUUCCCGUCGUCGUCUAUUGCCAAAGUUCGAUGAGGCGAUGCAUGAAGAGGCCCUUCAGGGUUUGCAGGAGCUUAACGUUCGGGUUGUUCUUGGAGAGCGACUUGAUUUUGAGUCUCUCCAACACAAAUCCGCUACGCCAGGGUCUCCAGAACCACGUGUAGUACGGACUCUAUCAGGGCGUGAAAUACCUGCCGACCUGCUGCUCCUAUGCACUGGUCAAACACCGAACACGGGGCUCCUUCGCGACAUGGACCCUCGUGCUGUAUCACCAGACACUGGACUAGCACGUGUUCUGCGCACUAUGCAACUUUGCGUCCCACCACCUUCUGAGUCUCACAAGCUUCAGGCAGAUGAUGUCCUACAUUAUCUAAAGAAGUUAACUCUUGAUGCAGAAGAAGGGUCAGAGUCGUCGUCGCCAUCGUCGCCAACUAGCACACAUGCCGACAUGCCUUCGACGUCACCCCUCUCAUCCACGGAUACCCUGGUCGAGCCCCACCUAUGCCAAAAGACUUUGUACUCCAACAUCUUUGUCGUGGGCGAUGCAGCAGACGCGUUCGACGCGAUCAAAGCGGGACAUACAUCAUAUUAUCAAGCGGAGGUUGCUGCCCGCAAUAUCCUACGCCUCAUUUCUCGAAAUGAGAAAGUUGGGAUUACGGCUGGGGACAACCUAGAUUCGGAGCUCGAGGAGUAUGCGCCCGGGGCUCCGGCCAUUAAAGUGACCCUUGGUAUAACGAAGUCGGUAUAUGAGUCGAAUGGGGUUGUGGGCACGAAGAAUGAUGGUGUGGAAGAUUUGGGUGUUUCGGUUAUGUGGGCGGCGUGUGGGAUGCGGGAUGUGAGCGAUGAGGAUAUGUUUGCGUAAUUUGGUUUUUUUUUUCGAGCGGGGAUGGUCCCAUAAUUUUCUUUCGUAUCAGGAGAAUUCUCCCAUGUAAACUUACAACUUUAAUUAGAUUUCGCCGGGUGCGAAAAUUAAUGGUAGCUAGCUCUAGGAAUGAUAAUCUAGUGCAUGCUAAUGAUAAUUAUUGGCAACCAGUGCGG